AUGGUGUCCGUCGCGGCCCACGCCGGCGCGCGCGGCGAUGCGGAGCCCCACGCGCCCCGCCAGGUCCCCCUCAAGCACUCAGACACCACCCUCAUGGAACGCGUGCCCGCGGCGUCGCGCGUCGUGGUGACGUGGGAGAACGUCUGCGCGUACGUGCCCGUCCUCGACACGCCCGGCGCGAGGCAGGGCGACGGCCCCGCGGGCGCCCUCAAGCGCGCUGCCAGCAGCGUCUCGGCACUCGGGGUCGGAAGGCUCAGCGACCGCGAGAAGUCCACGGGGUCCCACGGCGCAGCGUCUGCGGCUGGCGCGCGGACGCGGCAGAUCCUGCACGGCGUUUCCGGGAGCGUGGAGCCGGGCCACGUGAUGGCGCUGAUGGGUCCGAGCGGGAGCGGGAAGACCUCGCUGCUCUCCCUGCUCGGCGGCCGCCGGUCCGGUGCCGUGGAGGUGUCGGGCCACAUGCUGUUCAACGGCGACCCGCUGAGCCGCGCGGUGAAGCGAAAGAUCGGCUUCGUGCUGCAGGACGACCUCCUGUUCGAAGCGCUGACCGUGUACGAGACCCUGUGGUACGCUGCGGCGCUGCGGCUCCCCCGGUCGAUGACGGCGGAGGACCGCCGGGCACGUGUGGAGGUCGUGAUCCAGGCGCUCGGGCUCGGGAAGUGCGCGCACACGAUCAUCGGAAGCGCCGCGCGGCGCGGGGUGUCGGGCGGCGAGCGCAAGCGCGUCUCCAUCGGCCAUGAGCUCCUGACGCAACCCUCCGUCAUACUCAUGGACGAGCCCACGAGCGGGCUGGACAGCACGACGGCGCUGCGGCUGGUCCAGACGAUGCGCGUGCUCGCCGAGGGCGGCCGCGCGAUCAUCACCACCAUCCACCAGCCGUCGUCGCGCAUGUUCCGCAUGCUCGACCAGCUCCUGCUGCUCUCCUCGGGCCGCACGCUCUACUACGGCGCCGCCUGCAACGCCGUGAAGCUCUUCGCGGGCGUCGGCCACCCGCUCCCGGACGGCACGAACCCCGCGGAGCACCUGCUGGACCUGGCGUCGGGCGGGGUCACGGAGGCCGGGCUGGCGCUGCCGGCGCCGGACGAGCUCGCGGCGGAGGACGCGGUGGUCGCGGCGAACGUGGAGGCGGCGGAGGAGGGGCUGCGGAGCGCGCGCGCGGCGAUGACGGAGCGCGUGAGCGAGGCGGAGGCCGCGGGGUGGGCGGGCACGGACGCGCGCGGCGCGACGUGGGUGCGGCAGGUGGCCAUCCUCGUGUCGCGGAGCCUGCGGACGCGGCGCUUCGACAGCCUCGGGCUGGACCGCGCGGUCACGAUCUUCUCCGUCGGGCUCCUGGUGGGGCUGUUUUGGUUCCAGAGAGGGGGGGACUCGGACCGGCUGACUCUGGAGGGCAUGGAGGACCUCGCGGGGCUGAUCUUCUUCGAGGUGCUCUUCAUGGCCUUCAACACGACGCUGACGUCGGUCUUCACCUUCCCGUCGGAGUUCCAGAUGAUUUUAAAGGAGCGUGCCCUGAAUUUCGGAGCCCGUGGUGCCACCGUAGUAACUUCGACGCAGCUAAGUUACUACGCGGCUAGUUACUACGCCUGCACGGCGGCCGCCGCGCGCCCGCGCUAA